UUCAGCUGUUUUAACAUUGGGAAAAGGGUCAUCUUUAAUGCUAAAAAUUUUAUUUUACGACCAUUUCAUAGCUCUUUAUCAUAAUGUCAAGUCCUUCYGAAGAACCUGAACUCAAAGCUGGUCAUCCUCCCGCCGURAAAGCUGGAGGAAAGCGAAUUCCCACCAAGCAUCAUCAUCAACCUCCACCUCCUGCUCCAACACCAGAAGAGAAGGCUGAGAAUGAAGAAUUUGAAGAACCCAAAGAAAGAGACACAACAAAGUUAGUAGUAUCAGGAGCAGUAGCUAAAGGCAAUGCAGAUUUYCCACCAGAAGCUGCCAGAGUAGCUCAYGAGAAGCCUAUGCCCCAGCAUGACAAGAGGCCACCACCACAUGCUGGAGGMAAAGGAGGGAAUAUACAUAUCCAACAACCAAGAAAGCAUUGAUUAUACACACCAGUUUUAGUUGUUAGACUCCAUAGAAUUGUUUUCUUUUAGGAUAUGGCGCAUGCACUUAAUCCAUGAAACAUGAAAUUAAGCACAAAAUAGGUGCAAACUAAUUUCUCUUUAUGGAUUGUUUACUGUUGUGCCAGAUGCACCAAAAUUACAAAUAUAUAUGAUAUCUAACCGAAAGUUGAUUUAUGUGAAAUAAUUAAUAUCUUAAGUAGUUAUAAUUAGUUAUACAGUAAUAGGAAAAACUCCAAAAACAUUACCAAUGGAAACAAGUUAUAGUUGAUGUUUACAGCAAGACGUUUUUUUUAAUGAAAAUAAUAGUUUAAUGUUAAGACUUUCUAAGAGUUAAACUUGUCAAUUUUUAUGGAAUUAUAGUGCUGGAGAUCCAUUUAAAAUGGUUCAUGCAGUCGGAAUAAUUAUUUUUUCUUUGGGUCUCAAUGUAAGAAAUCAAUGAAAAACAAAAAAAAAGUAUUUUUAUUGCAAUUUCCAAAAUCAUGUGAAUUCAGGAUGAUAAAACAGUUAUUUGUUUGCUACAGAGUUGACUGAAAGCAGGACUGUUUGAAAGGRAAUCGUUGAGCUCACAUGGUUUGUAGUAAAUAAUUUGUAUGAUAAUUGUUGCUAUAAAGUAAAAGUUGUGCAAAAAUAUAAUCAAAACAACUAGGAAACCAAUUGCAUAAAAGUUUAAAAGCUGCAGUGAUGCUAACUUAAAAUGAUUUGUAAAACUGUUUAUCAUAAAAAGCUAGAUAAAUGUUAUGUUGCAUGUA